ACUCAAGAGAAACACAGUCGAGCACAUGAAAAUGAAUGUCAGCAGGGCUGUUCUAAAGCUCGAAGCCCUUAGGUAUUGUUUUGGACCAUGUCGAUCCAAACAAUUAUCAACACAAAUACUUUGCUUUCAUGAAGGGAAGUGUAAGAACUUAGAACCCGGUAAAACCAAUGUUUGCUGCGAUCUUAGAUCUAGAUCUAGAAGCUGUGUAAGAAGAGGCAUCAACACCAGUUCCAAUUCUGCUGACAAGGACAACACCACUGGUUCUAGAACUACCAAGAGAAUCGAAGAACUUGUUCCAGGAACUGAUAAUAAAGAAGUUAUAAGGCAAAAUAACUUUGAUGUUAAAAAUUCUGAGACUGAAGAGGAUUUCUUCGGUAUACCACAAAACUUUAAAUUGCAACAUGCAAGGCUUGAAACAAAAAGUAAAAAUGCAGAAACCAAAACAUCUGACCCUGACACAUUUGAACAGUCUAAAAAGGAUUAUGUGUUAAAUGAACUAGUGGACAAAGAUAAAGGAGAUAGUAAUUUUUUAAAUUUAGCAUUGUCUAGAAGAGAAAGGAGACAAAUACAAAAAAGUACUGAAUUUAAGACACGUUUUGGGGUAGUAAGUUUUGAUUCAAAUGCAACAGCUGUUACCGGCAGAAAAGAUAUAAAUCUUGCUGCAAAAGCAAAAGAAAUUCAUAAAAGACAAGACAGCAAGUCACUGAAAAACGAAAUCUCAGAUAAUCAGAAUUUAAUAAAUGCUUCUAAAAAUAAUAAUUUAAACAAAUAUUUUCCUGAACGGAAAACACAUUUAAUAUCAUCACCUUCUGGUAGAAAUUCAUCCUCUUCUAAAGAUUCAGUGCCACAUAAUUAUUUUGAUGCGACAUAUUUUCCUGAAUUGGUCUCAACUUCUUCUGAUAAAGCCAAACAUUUUGAGGAACAAUAUGAAUCAGUUAAAACAAAUAUCAUCCCAGACAAACAGAAAACUAUUGAACCUGAUGUAAGUUCUGCCAGUUUUUUUGAUGAACAGUAUUUCGGCUCACAUAUUAAAAGCUCAGAAAGUUCAAAUAAACUGGUUCAAACAAAUAUAACUUCAGAUAAGAAGGAAAGUGCUCCAUCCAAUUCUAGUUCCAGCAAUUAUGUUGAUGAGCAGUAUUUUGGUUCAGACACAAUAAACAACGGGAAAUCUCAUAGUAUUUCUGGAUUAGAUCGUGAAAGUUUAAAAGUUCUUUCGAGUUCUCAAAAAGAUGAUAACCUUGGUCAUUCUACUGAUCAAAAGUUAUUAGAGAAUGAUUUUAAUGAGGUUGAUAGCCAGUAUUUUGGACCAACAGAUCAAAAUUAUAGCUCAAAUGAACAAGCAGUUGGCAAAAACCUAGAUAAAGAUCAAAUAGGAUCAUCAUUAACUGAUAUUGUGCAUAAGUACACAAAUCAUUCUGAUAAUGCAGGUGCAGCGGUGCCAAAUAGAAAAAGGGAAGCCAGGAAUGUAAAACACAAACAAGCGCCAUCUGAACCAGAUCCAACAGACAGACUUUCAAAGUUACACUCAGAAAAAUCUGUCACUAAAAAAACUGAGAAGGGCAGCAAACACAGCAGUUCUAUAAAAAAAGAAGAACAAGAAACAGAAAACUCAGAUAAACCUACAUCUGCCUAUGAACUUGCAAUGAAAUUAAGACAGGAAUUGAAGAUAAGUAAAACCACAAAAGAAAAAAAAGCAACUCCACCAAGCAGUGGUAGAAUUAAUAAUACAGAUCAGAGUGAAAAACUGGAUGUUGGACCCAAUGUCCAUCUAGACAGCAAAGGUUUUAGAAUUUUAGACAAUCAAACAAUUGACUUCAGCAAGAUGACUUCAGCAGACAUUUUGACAUUGCUGAAAAAACGGAUAAUAUUUGAUCAUGAGGACUUUGUGGCUAUUGACAAACCAUAUGGUCUACCAUCUGUAGGACAGCAAAGUGACAGAGUGAGUGUCACUCAACUUUUACCUUCGUUUGCCUCAAGUUUACAAAAGUCCCUAAAAACUGACAAGCUUCAUCUAGUUCAAGGUUUAGAUCGGGAUGUCUCAGGUGCCAUCAUUCUUGCCAAGAAUCCUGAAGUAGCAUCUGUACUGAGAGGAAUGUAUGACAACUGUGAUGAGGUCAUUCAGCGAUAUUGGGCAAUAACAAAAGGUGUGCCUAAUCCACUUGCUGGUGUAAUUGACAUCCCUAUUGGAGAAGGAAAAGUUGGUGACAUCCGUAAGAUGGUUUUGCGCCCUAGAUUUUCUAAAGCAGAAAAAUUAAUUGCAAAAGUAAGUGAUGCCCCAAGUGCUUAUGCUGUGACUGAAUACAAAGUUUUGUGUCAUCAUUUACAAGCAGCUCUUGUGGAAUGUACACAACUUACUAAUGGUGUGAAGCAUCAACUCAGAGUCCAUCUAGCCAGUGGUCUGAACACACCCAUACUGGGAGAUCAUAAAUACUCUAACUUUGCUAAUUUGGCACCACAGAAACUCCAUAAAGAAAUGCUUGAAUUACUGCGAAUUCGUCAGGCCAAAGUGCGUCAUUUAGCCCUUCAUCUUCAUUGCAGAACAGUUGUUUUGACUAACUAUAAGGGGCGAAUGAUUUUCCUCACCACACAUGCCCCUUCCCAUUUUAGGGAUAACAUGAAAUCCUUGAAGUUGUAUGCACCUAAAAAAUAAACAUUUUUAUACAGCAAA